AUGACCGCUUACCCCUCCCUCCUCGCUGUAGACUCUACGACGAACAUCAUUGUUCAAAAGGACUAUGUCUCGGGCCUGGAGCAACGUUUGAAGAAGGUAGAGCAUAUCUUGCAAAGGCACGAUGACCUGCUGACGGGGCACUUGUCCGCAUGCGCCCCAGCCGGAGACCCCUAUGAGGAGCUUCCGGGGAGUACUUUGCCGUUGAGGGAUGGGCCUGCGAAUGAUGGCAUCGAGAUUGACGCUUCCGUGAUUGACUCGGGAGAAUCGGAAAGCGAGGCAGAGGCCAGGACGGACGGGCUCGCCAUCACAUUCGUCGACGAGCGCGCGGCGGCUUAUUUCGGAGAGUCGUCCAACAUCGGCUUCGUCCGCUACCUCCUCGCAUCCGUGUCGUCCAUCUGGGGCGUCAAGAAACCGGAGGGACCCCAGCUGAGCAAAGGCGACAACGCCGACGGCAAGCGCGGGACGAUACUAUCGUCGGAGCACUCUCCGCUCGGCGCACUGCCGACGACGCCGCAGUCGCUGGCAACGUCAUCACGCUUGCCGCCGGUGGGCGACAUGGAGGUCAUGAUCAACCGCUACUUCAACACCAUGGGCCUCCUGUUCCCCUUCCUGCACGAGGCGACCUUUCGCUACACGUACGACGCCUUCAAGGCGAGCGGCUUCAACAAGGUCCGGCAGACCUGGCUCGGCGAGCUCAACCUCAUCUUCGCCAUCGCGAGCAACAUCAACCGCAAGCAGGGCAAGACGUCCAAGCAGUGCUUCCAGGAAUCGCUCGUCUACUACCGGCGCGCCAUGUCGCUGUGCGGCGCCUCGUCGCUGCGCACCGUCAGCCUCGACAUCGUCCAGUUCCUGCUGCUGCAGGCGCUCUACCUCCAAGGCACGCCCCAAGCCGGCGAGGCCUGGAGCGUGCACGGCCUGCUGGUCCGGAGCGCGGUGGCGCUCGGCCUGCACAGCGACAAGGUUGGGCGGCAGCUGGACGGGAACGUGCAGGAGAUGCGCAACCGUACCUGGCACACCAUCUACUGCCUCGACACGGUGCUGAGCGCCACGUUCGGCCGGCCCUGCGCGAUCCCCCCGGCGCACAUGACCGUACGCCUGCCGCAGCCGUGGCGCAUCCCGGAAGGCGGCGUUGCGCAGCAGCACGGCGGCGGUACCGCGCCGGAGGUGGCGCAGGUGGCGACCGACUUCCUGUCCAUCUCGGUGCAGCUCUACCAGAUCAUGGGCCUCUCGAUCGAGGCCCAGUACGGCGGCAACAUCGGCGCGGACCAGGGCGAGGACGAGGUGUCGAUGCUCCAGACGGCGAGCACGCUGCGGCAGAAGCUGCGGAGGUGGGCGGAUACGCUGCCGGCGGCGUUCGCGCUGCUGCCGAGUAGCUCGCCGGAGCUGAAGCACAGCUCGCGGAUGAACAAGCUGCGGGCCAUCACGACGGUGAGGUACCACAGCGUAUCCAUCCUCAUCCACAGACCGCUGCUGUGCGUGACUCUCAGGUACCUGUCCAAGAUCAACGGGAGGCACGACGUGGAGCUUCCGUACACGACGCAGCUCGCCAUGGCCGAGGCGUUUGAGUGCAUCUCCUCUGCCGAGGAGACUAUCGGGAUGGCGGCCUCGGUCUUUGGCGGCGGUCCGGUGGAGGACAGCAACCUCGGUGUGUGGUUCUUUACCCUUUACUACGGUGAGUGGCAUUUCGUCCGUCUUUGCUCUGAGGGCCGAGUCCAGUCGGCUAACUCUUUUGGCGUUGCAGUGUUUACGGCAGCGCUUAUGGUGUGUGGCGGCAUGCUUUGCGCACGACACAGUCAUCGCAUGAAUGCCCAAACUGUGGUGGCUGAAGGCCGCCUCAACCUUGUCAGAGCGGCCGACGCGCUCGAAAAUCUGGAUAAUAGCAAUCCUCUUGUAAAGCGGUGCGUCAAGUAUAUCCGAUACUUGUCUCAACUACAAGACUACCGGUCUGAUUCCGAUAUCUCCGACCUCCCUCCCGAGGAGUCGAAUCCCUUUAGCCAGCCAGAUGGAGACUAUUUCAUGGGCAUGGCGGAUCUGUUGGACGAUCAAAGUGGCCUUGGUCCUUAUUUGGCUGCAGAGCUAUUUGACGCCUCGACUUUCGAUUCACUAACAUUGCCACUAUAA